CCGCAGGUGCCGCGGGCGGGCGGGCCGCUCUGCCAUGGCGGGGGCCGAGAAGGACGCCCCGCCGCGCCCGGCCGAGCAGCUCAGACAGGAGUACAGGCUUUCAGUUUGCAGCAAGAUAUGCUAUGCAAUAGGAGGUGCCCCAAAUCAAGUGGCAGGGAGUGCUGCUGCUUUCUUUCUACAGAUCUACCUGCUAGAUAUAGCCCAUAUUACUCCAUUUCAUGCCUCUUUGGUGCUGUUCAUUGGCAAAGCCACAGGUGCAGUUACUGAUCCUCUUGCUGGGUUUUUUAUUAGCAAAAGUAGAUGGACAAAAAUUGGCCGUCUCAUGCCCUGGAUGCUGGCAUGUACACCGUUCACAGUAGCGUCCUAUUUUUUCAUGUGGUACCUGCCUCCUUUUGUGGCAGGAAGAGUUGCAUGGUUCCUGACUUUCUAUUGCCUUUUCCAAGCACUGACUACACUAUUCCAAGUACCGUAUUCUGCUCUCACCAUGUUUCUCAGCACAGACCAGAAGGAGAGAGAUUCUGCCACAGCAUACCGAAUGACCAUGGAGGUGCUUGGGACCUUGAUUGGAGCUGCACUGCAGGGGCAAAUUGUGGCCAGUGCUCAUGUCUUUAAUCACUGCAGCGUGAAUAUCUCUGUAAACACAACCAGCCAUCUCAUCUCUCGACAUGACACUCCCAGCUUUCCUGAUCCCUUAGACCCCUUGUCUUACCAAGCAAAGGUUUAUAUGGUUGCAGCGGGUAUUAUAGGAGGUGUGUAUCUUCUUGGAAUUGUCAUUUUUUUCCUUGGAGUAAAAGAAAAAGAUGAUCCCUAUGCCUUAACUUCAGACAGAGCAAUCCCUUUUUGUAAGGGGCUUCGACUCACCAUGAAGCACGGUCCGUAUGUGAAACUUGCAGCUUCUUUUCUUCUCAUCUCAACAGCAGUUCAGCUGGAGCAGAGCAACUUUGUCCUUUUCUGCACACACGCAGCUGAUCUCCGCAGUCACUUCCAGUAUUUGGUGGUUACCAUCUUGGUAUCGGCAGCUGUGAACGUUCCUUUUUGGCAAAAGAUUCUGCAGCGAUUUGGCAAGAAGUGUGCAGCAUUUGGAAUUUCGUGGAUGAUUCCUUUUGCAGUCAUGCUAGUGACCAUUCCAAACCUGAUCUUGGCGUAUUUUGUUGCCUUUGUCUCAGGCCUGAGCAUUGCAGCAUCUCUUCUGUUGCCAUGGUCAAUGCUACCUGAUGUUGUUGAUAACUUUCGCCUGCGGAAUCCUCAUGCAAAAGGAUAUGAAACCAUUUUCUAUUCUUCUUAUGUUUUCUUUACCAAGAUCUCAGCGGGAAUUGGCUUAGGAAUUUCUGCAGCAGGCCUAGAGUUUACUGGAUACAAACCAGCUACAUGUAAGCAAUCCAACGAUGUGAUCCUCGCACUGAAAAUCCUCAUUGGAGCAGUCCCUGCUAUCCUCAUUGCUGUAGGUUUAUUUAUACUUAUCUUCUACCCAAUCACGGAAGAAAGUCGGAAAGAAACAAAGCUUGCACUUGAGGUGUUAAGGAGGAACCAUAAAAGCACAGACAAUCUUGAUAAACACAGAAAGGACACCUCAGUGUGAAAGCUCUGAAUGCAAUGACUUUCCAAACCCAGCCUCACAUCCCACACACAAAUUCUGUGAGCAUCUUCUGGGUCACUUCCCUGCUGAUGUUUUGUCACAAAGGAUAAAGGAUGAUUCUGAUACAGUCAGUAAUGAAUUCAAAAGAGGACAGUCACCACUCAGUAUAAACGUAACUUAUAUACAUAACUUCAUGCCCUGUUUUAAAAUAGACAUUACAAAUGUUCAGGAACAGAAUAUAAGCUAUUGAAGGAAGGGGUUAGUUUUUGUUUGGUUGUUUGGUUGUUUUUUAAUGAUAAUGCAAAACCAAGAUCUUGUGGCUACAGGAGGUUCUGUGGACUUAGGAAUUAAGGGAAAAUAAUGUAAAUGUGAUGUACUGGGCAAAUUUUAGCUCAGUAGGAUACAUUCUUCUGACCUGAACUGACUAUAAUCUUUGCUAGAAAGGGUAGACUUUAUCACCUCUUCUGACCAAUUCCUUUGCAAUAUAUUUCACCCUAAGAGGCUGGAGUCGUUUUCAAACAUAAUCUCUACAUAUAAAUUGCACACUAGUAUGUUUGGAAAGCACUUUGAAAUCCUGAAACGUGCUACAUAAAGUUAAGAUUUAGAUUCUUUUGAAAUGAAGCAAACCACAGAUGCAGACAUGUUUUGAGAAUUUUUCUCACAAAGACUUGCUCUGAAAGAGAAUUUGAUGCAAUUUAACUUUAUAGAAUCUAUGUGAAAAAUAAGCUUCUGCUUCCAGCUACUAUUGAUCUGGAGCUCCUUGUUUCUGACACCUUUAAGCUGAUCUUUGCCAAAAUGUGAGUACUUGACAUUUUCAAAAAUGACAUCUCCAGUCAAAGUACACAAAUCAGUAGUCCCUUCCAAAAAAGUUAGGCUGUGCAGUAUGAGUUUUUGUAACUUUGGCUUUAAGCAAUCAUGGUACUCAUCUGUUUCUCGUGUGGUGGAUGCUCUCUGCCUCACAAAACAUCACUGUAUGGCUGUCAGUCUCAGCUUGCAGUGUUUUAUAAUAAUGAGGCCACACCUGACUUGGUGAUUUUUUUGAGCCAGGGAUUUCAUCAUGCUUUGGAUACAUUAACUGAAAGCUCAUUUCUGCUAUAAUUCACACUGCAGAGCACAUUAUGUAGACAAAAUAAACAGCUAACUUAGGCACUUUCUGGGGCAGUUAAGUUCAGACUCCAGUCACUCUGAGCUUUCUCUGUAGCCAAUGGAGAGACCGAUACCUGCAGCGGCUGAUUCAAAGCAUGAGCUAAAAUGCCUAGGCUCUGAACACAGGUAGCUACAGCUGGAGGGGAGAGUGGUGAAUCCCAGAGUGGAAUGCUAAUUAAUGUGAGGAAAUUAGCAUAGCACAAGACAGGAAACAAACUGUUUUCUUUGUAUUAAUACGGGGGAAUGUCUUUAUUUUGUACUAAAAGUGCCUGUAGAGGUACAGCUUGCUCUGUACUGUUUGGGAGCACUUGCUGUAGGUGUCACUGGAAGCAGUGGCCAUGAAUAGUUUGCUCCAGGCCAUCUAGGAAGUAACUGAUGGAGCUGGGACUGGAAACUGGGAAGGCUUUCACAGAAAGAUGUUGUGAAGUAAAAUCAGUGCAUCCACUGGGUGUCUCAUUACGUUUAAUAAUGAAGCCUUUUCAGGCCAGUUUGUAGUCUAAGGCCUAAUGAAAUGUCCUAACUGAGCAAAGCACUUAAGCCUGGACAAGCUUUUAAGGCUGUAUUUGGGUGCUCCCAACUGGAGUGUGUAUGGGUAAAAGAGUUAACUAAGUUUGAGAUUCUGCUGAAUUGAUACCUAAAGCUGUUUUUUUUUUUAGUUUCAGUCUUGAAAAAAACCAAGAUUUGUGUGCCUCGGGCAUCUGUGUUUGCAACAAUAAAUACCACAAGCCUAUUUACAAUUUUGAGUCUGAUAGAAUUUGAAAUAACGGGUAUACUGCAUUUUGAAACAAGUAAGUUAUGUAAUGAUGUACUACAUAAUUCAAAACUCCACAGCAAGCAAUUUUUUGGUUUGGAUUUAUUCUGUAAUAUUUGUGUUUUUCAGAAGAGCCUUCUUUAAAAAGAAAAAAAGAGGUCCCUGUAAAGGCUAUUUUUUUUAAUAGGUUAGAUUUUCAGCUGCUAUAGAUCUGUAGCUGCAUGGCAGUAGAUCUGUAUCGGUUUACAUAAGCUGAAUAUCUAGCCUGGUAAUAAAAGGGUUAGGGAAACUAUCAGCUGUGGCUGACUGGAGUACCUUGAAGUGGUAUAAGACAUUAUUUCUAGAUCAGUUGUGCAGCUGCUUAUAAACCGCACAUCACCCAUCUGACUUCAGACUCUAUGCAGAUUUUAAACUCUAUUCCUUUGUUUUCAGAGAGAAAAUAGUGAUAUUUAACUAAUAAACAUGCAUACAAUCCUCAUUCUGCAUAUGGUAGUAUUAAUUGCCCAAAAAAAUAGAAGAGUUCCAUGGAUUAAAUGUACCAGAAUAUUUUUAUAGUUUGAAAAUGACAAAUUUUUUAUUUAUCAGAGUUGUACUUCUGUUAAUAAAAUGAAUGUAUUUUUUUAAGUUAAAAAAAAAAGCAGCAUUGGAAUGGAAGAAGCAAGUGCGGGGUUUUUGUAAUUUAGCAAAUUCUGUAAGAUGUUUGUAAUUUUGUUUUUGAAGGCUCAAAACUGGUACUGUAAAAUGAACAAACUUUUUUGUAUCUUCUUGUAACUUUUAAAAAUGAUGUGUACUUGCUAUAUCUGUUCAGACCAUGUGACUGAGAGACACAGAUUCUUACACUGACAACCAUUCUGGUUAAAUACUGAUCUAAUAUAAAUUUUCUGCCUUGCA